GAGUUGGGAGCUCCGACCUGCGCGAUGUUAACACUAAUUGCGUUGCUCCUGGGCGUAUUGCAUGUGGCCUUCUUCGGCGUCUAUUUGUAUCUCACCUGGCACCAUCGCUAUUGGCAGAAGAGGGGCUUGAUUACAGCCCGGCCCGUGACGCUGCUAGGCACCUAUGUGGGGCUGUUUACGGGCGGACGAAGCUUUAUGCAUGAAGUGCAGGAUGUCUAUGACAAAUACAAGGGCAAAGAACGAGCUGUGGGUGUGUUUUUCACGCGUGAGCCACAAAUACUGGUGUUGGAUCCACAGCUAGCUCACGAGGUGCUAGUGACGAACUUCAGUGACUUCCGUGACACGAUCAGCAGUACGUUUGUUGGGUAUGUGAGAUCCGAUAGGUUUGUGAUACGGAAUCCGUUCUUCACGACCGGCGACGACUGGAAGAGACGGCGUACAGACAUAGGUGGCGGACUCACGUCCAAUAAACUGAAGCAGGCCUAUGCGAUUUGGGAACAAAGCGGCAACAAGCUGCUCAACUAUAUGGAACAACUAAUAGAGAAGGAGGGGAAUGUCAUUGAAACCAGAGAUCUCUGUUAUCGCUACUCGGCCGAUGCUAUGGCCGAUUUUAUUUGGGGCAUUGAUGCGGGCACGUUGACUGCUGGCAUCAAUGCGUCCAGUCAUUUCCAGAAGGUGUCCAGCACCUGGACAGUGAAAGUGUUUAGCAACUUUACGCUCUUCUCUCAAACGGUCAUUGCGCCAUUUGUACGAAAAUUGUUUCAGUUACGAUUUUUCCCGAAGCAAACGGAUGAGUUCUUCCUGCAACUUACAGCGGAUGCCGUCCAAAUGCGUCUGAAGUCAGGCUCUGGAGCACAGCGCUCCGAUUAUCUCUCACAUAUGGUGCAAUUGAUGGAACAGAAGGGUGCUACGAAUGAUGACCUUGUGGGGCACGCUCUCACGGUUCUGCUGGACGGCUACGAGACUUCGACGGGUGUGCUUUACCAAAUGCUCUACAUGCUGGGCGAAUACCCUGAAGUACAGCAGAAAUUGAGAGCGGAAAUUGUUGACGCACUCGCGGCUGAUAAGAACAUUAGUUACGAGCAGCUGACGACUCUCCCCUAUCUGGAUCAGUGUGUUAAUGAAUCUCUGCGCCUAUCCAGUAUCAUAGGAACACUGACAAAGCUCUGCACCAAGGCCACAACCAUCGAUUUGGAUAAUGGCAGAAAGUUGCAAGUGGAGCCCGGUACCAGCAUUAUGGUGCCGGCCUAUCAAUUCCAUAACGAUGCAAGCUACUACCCGGAACCGGAAGUGUUUAAGCCCGAACGCUUUGAAAAUGGGGCGCACAACGAGUGCACCAAGCGGGGAUAUUUCUUGCCCUUUGGCGAUGGACCACGCAUUUGUCUGGGAAUGCGCCUUGGACUGCUGAAUAUAAAAAUGGCGCUUUUUCGCAUCCUUUCCGAGUACGAAGUCUUGCAGACUAAAAAGGUGCCUAAGACAGCCGAUUCGGUGCUUGGCUUGUAUCUAAAUGGUGAUAUUGAAUUGAAAUACAAUAAAUUGAAUAAAUAAAUAAAAUAUUGUUCUCAACAUUAA